AUGCCGGGCCAUCAAGUUGGUCUUGCACGACGACAUCCCAUCGCCACUCGUUCGCCGCCAUCCAGCAACCCUCCUCAGCACCUCCUCGCUCUUUGCCCUCGUCCUUCGUUUCUAUACACCACCCGCUCUUUUACCCCCGUCCUUCGUUUUACUACAGACCAUCAUGCGUCUUUCCGUCCUCGUCUCUCUUCUCCCGCUCCCAUCCUGGCCGCCCGGGGCGACACCAAGGACAUCGUCGCCGACAAGUACAUUGUCAAGUUCAAGGAGGGAAGUGCGCUAGCGGACGUUGAGGAGGCGUUCAAGAUGCUCGACGACGAGCCGGCCAACGUAUACUCGGACGGCGUCUUUACCGGUUUCGCCGGUAUGAUGAAGGAGACCAACCUCGAGGCCAUCCGACAGCACCCAGAGGUCGAGUACAUUGAGCCGGUCUCAAUGAUGACGACCCAGGGCUUCGUCUCCCAGGGCGGCGCUCCCUGGGGCCUUUCCCGUCUCUCCAGCCGCUGGGCCGGCAGCGACUCGUACGUCUUUGACGACGCCGCCGGCGAGGGCACCUGCAGCUACAUCAUCGAUAGCGGCAUCGACGCCCAGCACCCUGAGUUUGAAGGCCGCGCCACCUUUCUCGGCCACUUCGGCCCCGGCCCCCACCACGACGACUGCGGACACGGCACUCACGUCGCCGGCACCCUCGGUAGCCGCACCUACGGCGUCGCCAAGCGCACCCGCCUCUACGGCAUCAAGGCCCUCGGCUUCAUCCCAGAGAUCAAGAAGUGCGCCGGCGACACGUCCGACAUCAUCAAGGCGGUCAAUGCCGUCGCCCACGACGCGCCCGGCCGCGACUGCCCCAAGGGCGUCAUUGUCAACAUGAGCCUCGGCGGCGGCUACUCCCAGGCCCUCAACGACGCCGUCGACAACCUCUCGGCCCGUGGCAUCUUUGUCGCCGCCGCCUCGGGCAACACCAACACUGACGCCCGUGGCGAUUCCCCGGCCUCGGCGAGUCGCGCCUGUGUCGUCGGCGCUACGGACCGCUGGGACCGCCGCUUCGAAAUGUCCAACUUUGGUCCCAACAUUGACAUCAACGCCCCCGGUGUCGAUAUUCUCUCGACCAUGCCCAACGGCCAGGUGGGAACCAUGACCGGCACUUCAAUGGCCUCUCCCCACAUCGCUGGUCUCGCCGCCUACCUCGCCGCGAAGGAUGGCCUCUCCGGAUUCGGUCUCUGCCAAGCUAUCCAGCAGAUGGCUACCCCCAAUGCGAUUGUUGACCAGGUCUGGGGCACCAGGAACCUGCUUGCCUUCAACGGCGCCUCCCAGUGGUAG